AUGGACCAUCUUUUAUUCGAUUGUCCGCCGUUUAAAACCUGUUGGCAACAAAUUCUGGUAUGGUUAGGAUAUCAACAUUUCCCUUGUGAUUGCAGUGAAGCACUUGAGUGGUUAAUCGCACAUUGUAAAGGGAAAGGCUGGAGAAAGUGCAUACUGCAUAGCUCUGUAGCGGAGACCAUCCAUGAAAUUUGGAGGUAUCGCAACAAUGUCGUCUUUGGCAAUACAGUUAAUUUUUUGGAGAUUAGAGAUUUAGUCACUUCUACCCUUGCAAAUAGAGGGUGGGUUAAUACUAGAAUGAGACAUCAUAUAGCUCAAUUACUUUUAGAGUAG